AUGCCGCGACGCCGCACAAGGGCCAAGGAGCCCGAUCCUGUCGAGGACGUCGAAGAUGAGCACAUGGAAGAGGACGUCCCAGAACCCGAGCCAGAACCUGCGUCCGCCGCCGAGCCAGACGCUGCUGUGGCUGACGGCGAUGAUGAAGAUACGGAACAGCGCAGUCUUGAAUUCGACGAGGAGUUGUCAUGGCGGCCUGCGAAGCCUAUCCCCAGUGCAACUCUGCUGGAUCGUCUUGAGAGGUUGUCUAAGGAACUCGCCGAGUUUGACCAAGGAGCCGUACAAUUGGAUUCUCUCAAACCAGUUGCCGCCAGUCUGGCGCAUCGCAACCUUCUUCAGCACAAGGACCGAGGCGUAAAGGCCUAUACUGCCUGUUGCCUGGUGGAUAUCUUGCGUCUGUUUGUGCCAGAUGCGCCCUUCACGGAUGAUCAACUCAAGAUGAUGUUUACUCUAUUUAUCAAGGAUAUCCUACCAGCUCUGUUCGACCCUACGAAUCCCUAUAAUAGCCAGCACAAAUAUGUAUUAAUGUCCUUGUCUGAUGUCAAAAGUAUUCUGCUUAUCACUGAAAUUCACGGCGCCGACGAUUUGUUAUUGCGCCUCUUCAAUUCGACAUUCGAUGGCGUGUCGACAAGCUCUAGGGCUUCUAAUGAGGAGCAGGUGGCCAAGGACGUUGAAAUUGGCCUUACCGAAAUGCUCAUGGAGGUAAUUGACGAGUCUCCGGGCAGUAUACCUGCCACUGUCAUUGAUGCCAUCAUUAGCCAGUUUCUCAGGGCCGCGCCACCAGGAGGUGGUCGCAACAAGGAACAGAACGGCAAACAAGCGACCCUGUUGCAUAAAACGGAACCAGCAGCCUACGUCAUGGCCAAGAACAUCUGCAAUGGAUGCGCCGACAAGAUGUCACGUUAUGUUAGUCAGUAUUUCAGCGAUGUCAUUCUCAACGCUUCAAAAUUUGCGACCAAGAGCAAUGGCUUCCGUCAAGCGGAUGAGUCCGAUGAAGAAGAUGGUCAUUCUGGUCCGUCAGAGGCCGAUUUGAAGAGCCUCCGACAGGCUCAUAUGCUAAUCCGAGAGCUGUGGCGAGCCGCUCCCGCUAUUUUACAAAAUGUCGUUCCCCAGCUCGACGCGGAGUUGUCCGCCGACAAUGUCCACCUGCGACUGAUAGCCACCGAAGCCUUUGGAGACAUGAUCUCUGGCAUUGGAGCUGCAGGACCACCAGCGCCUCCCGCUCUCGAUCCUGCGGCCUACCCUCCCCUGCGCCUAAUGGAUGAUGCCAUCGGAACUCCUCCAGUAAUUGACACCGAAACCAACGUGUUGACACGGCCAUACUCACCGCAAUCGUUUGCUCAAACUCAUCACGCCACUUAUCGCAACUUCGUGGGCAGAAAGAAUGACAAGACGGGGUCAAUUCGUGCCGCAUGGGUCACCGCCGCAGGUUAUAUUCUGUCCACAUCCGCAGGAGGAAUCGGCUUGAGUAGAGAGGACGAGGCCGAGCUGGUUAAAGGUCUCGUGGACAAGCUCAACGACAGCGAGGAAAAGGUGCGAUUGGCCGCCGUCCAAGCCAUUGAGCUGUUCAGUUUCCGCGACGUCAUUCUGAAACUCGGCGUCACGGGCGGAGUAGAGAAGGAGGGCUCCAUCUUUGCAAGCUUGGCUGAUCGCUGCCGCGACAGAAAGCCGGCUGUUCGCGUCGAUGCCAUGGUUCUACUCGGGAAGCUGUGGGCCGUCGGCGCUGGAGAGAUAGCAGACGGUCAGGAGGCAGUUACUGCGUGUCUGUCUGGCGUUCCGUCUCGCAUCAUUAACGCAUUUUAUGCCAAUGACCCUGACCUCAACGUUUUGCUCGACCGGGUCCUAUUUGAGUGUCUUGUCCCGCUAAAGUAUCCCCUCAUCAAGGGCAAAAGUGGGAAGAGUGCCGCGGGAUCUCAAGGCAAAGGCGGUGUCAGCGCUGCAGACCAGGAUAGAAUACGAGCAGAAAGGAUUCUUCUCAUGCUGAAGUCGCUUGAUGCAUCUGCUCAAAAGGCCUUCUUCGCCAUGCAAGCGCGUCAGCCACAGUUCGCGAAAGGCGUUGGCAUCUUCAUCCAGCAGUGCGAAGCUUACAACGGAGGCGUCAUUGACGCGAAUGAGGACAAGGUCAAGAAGACCUUGACCAAAACUUUUGAAUGGUUAGGCGCCUUUUUCCCAGACCCGUUGAAGGUCCGAGGGGAUUUGCAGAAGUUUGCCAAACUCAACGACCGCCGAAGCUAUCAGUUGGUUAAAUACGCCAUUGAAUCCGAGAGCGACUUCAAGACCAUUAGGCGUGCCAUUAGCGAGCUCAUUACCAAGCUUCAAGGCACGUCUGCAGCUGUUUGCCUCGAUACACUUAUUCCCUUGUUGUAUCGAUCCAGCUGCCUCAUGUUCAACCGAAGCCACCUAGCCACAAUCAUGGACUAUUCCAAGAGCGACAAGGAUGGAUUCGCUGCCGUUGCCCAUUCGGUACUCAACGACAUAUCCCAGAGAAACCCGGACAUUUUCAAGGCUCAUGCUGAGGACUUGCGGCGGGAAAUAAUAGAGCAAGCGCCAACUGACAAGAAGAGCAAUGAUGCCGGAGUUGUUGAUAUUCUCAAGGCCUACUCGUCGUAUGCGAAGAAGUAUCCCAAGGAUAUCAACUAUGAUAAAAGUUUUACGCAAACCCUGAUGAAUUAUGCGCAGUAUGCAACCCCUGCCAGAGCCGCGAAAUAUGCUGUCAAUAUUCUCUUGGCAAAAGGUGACGACAAGUGUAAAGUGACAGCGACGAACUUGCUGCGAAACAUCAUGAAAGGUCUGGACUACGGCUCACCGCACUUCUUGGCAAGACUAGCAUCCAUCGCUCAGCUUGAACGGCUUGUGCCGUCCGUCACGGCGGAUUCAGAAAAGGCUAUUCAUGAGUUGACACUCAAUCAGAUAUUGCGCCAAGUACGCACAGACGCCGAGGAGAAAGAUCCGUCAUGGGUUGAUGACGCCGACAUGAACGAGGAACUGCAAGCCAAGUCCUUGUCGUUGAGGAUCCUGGUAAACCAAGCCCUUGCCUCUGAGACUGAGUCCGACACUGAAGAGCGAGUCAAAAGCGUGUUCAAGCUUCUCAGAACCUUUAUUGUCAAGGAAGGCGAAUUUUGCAAAGUUAAAGAUACCCCAUUACAUCACAAGAAGCGCCUGCGACUCUUGGCUGGCCUUCUGAUGUUGAAACUCUGCACAGUCAAAGGGUACGAUGAUAGUUUGGAGCCCACCACCUUCAACAAGAUGGCAGAGUUGGUACAGGACAGUGAACUCCAAGUCCGCAGACAUUUUAUGGAAAAGCUGCAGAACUAUCUCACACGAAACAAGCUCAAACCGCGAUUUCAUACAAUCUUGUUCCUAGUCGCCUUCGAACCUGCAUCAGAUCUAAAGAACCGGGUCGAGACUUGGAUACGAUCCCGAGCACGGUACUACGACGACAAGAAGCAACGGGUAAUGGAGGCUCUCAUGGUUCGGCUGAUACCGCUACUGGCGCACCAUCCGGACUUUAGCCCAGAAAUUGACGACUUGGUCGACUUUGCGAAUUAUUUCUUAUUCUAUCUCAACACAGUUGCCACGGAAGACAAUAUUUCCCUGAUUUACAGAUACACAGAAAGAGUCAAGCAGGUACAAGACGGAAUCAAGCCUGAGGCUAGUGAUAAUCUGUACGUGCUUAGUGAUCUCGCGUCGACAGUAAUCCGUAAAUAUCAGGAGCGCAGAAGCUGGAUCUUCCAAGCGCACCCCGACAAGGUUGGCGUUCCGGCAGGACUUUACACUGCGCUGCCGUCGACCGAGGUGGCACAGCGCAUUGCAAAGAAGCUCUACAUCCCCGACGAGAUUGACGAGCGGUUGGAUGAUUUGCUUCGCGCAAUGGACCGCAAGAAGAAGCGCAAGUCUAUCCAUGAACACGGCGACCCGCCAGCUAAGCGGGCAAGAACACAAAUCAAGACAGUCAUCAGGGAGAAGUCGAAACCGAAAUCCUCCAAGUCGUCGAAGAAGAGUGCCAAACCCAAAAAGGUACCCAAGGUUAAGAAGCAAAAAGAAUCUUCAUCCGCCGCUCCAUCUGAGCGCCGCCGUAGUGGACGCGCCCACGCAGUAUCCGACUACAAGGAGCGAGAUGACGCCGACGACGAGGAAGAGAUGCUCGAGGGCGUAGCAGAGUGGGACUAUGGCAAGGUUGACUCUGACGCAGAGGAGAGUGGAAGUGAAGAGAGUUCAGAGCAAUCCGACGAUGCUGAAUCAGGCAACGAAGAUGACGAGGAUGACGAUGACGAGGACAAAGAAGCUACAACGAAGCGUAAUGGUUCUAGGGGCGCGGCGUCGUCGCCAAAGGGCAAAGCAUCUGUCAAGGCAAGCGUCUUGGCGAAACUAGAUCGCACAUCGAGAGCCAGAGGCCGCGGCAGGGGGGCAAAGGACGAUUCAGAAAUGGAUGUGGACGAGUAA